GAUAGGACCGGAUCCUCGUGCUUGCGAUGCCAGCGAUCAGGUCGACAAUGUGUUCCGGCACCUUCGAAGACGGAGGAGGUCACUUUCCGACACGGCCAGAACCCGUCGCUGCGGCCCAACGGGCCUCCCCGAUACGGAGAGAGCGACCUUGUAUUUCCGGCUGACCAGGUGUGGGUUGAGAUGCCUGUCCAAGUUGCGUUUGAGGAUGAGACGGACCGUACAGCAGCAGAAUAUCACAUCGUUCCGGUGGGCGCCUCACCACUCUUCGCUACAAAAGCACCAGCAAGUCGGCCUUCGUCCUCCUCCUUGGCAGCGCAACCGGUGUCGCAGCUGGUGUCUACCCUGAAGGACGCCGCCCCCCCACGAACAAUUCCUUCUCCGCGUCCUGCUCCCGGCGAUCUGGUUUUCGCAUUUGAUGAUUUUGGCGAUUCACAGAAGGUGAAAAGGCUUAACGAGGCUUUCCUUCUUCGACACUUCCGGAAAAUGCUUGGCCCAUGGCUGGAUAUUUGCGAUCACGAAAGGCAUUUUUCGGUUGAUGUGGUUGAACGAGCGCCCGAAAACCCCCUCCUAUUGUACGCAUGUUUGGCGACAGCAGCUCGUCACCUUUCCCACACAAACCAUACCGUCCCACCAAAUACCGCGGACGAAUACCAUGAACGAUGCAUCGGGAUACUUCUGCCCGUCCUGGAGAACAGAGAGGUGGAAAUCGGCAUUGAUAUUCUUCUUGCAUCAACCGUCAUACUACGAUUCUUUGAGCAAAUUUCCUCCCAUAGCCCGUCGAAUGACCUCCAGCGGCACCUCUUAGCCGGCUCAGUAUACAUCAGCUCUCAAGUCGAAUGCGCGACUUUGGGCGGGCUUGCUGAGGCAUCCUUUUGGGUGUUUGUCAUGCAAGACAUCCAGCUCGCAUUGGCUUAUCAGAAACCUCUGCGCUUGACGCUGAGGCCGUUUGCAGAGAAGCUGUAUCACCUAUGGGAGCAUAAACCGACACAGACACAGACAGAGCGAGACUGGACGCAUCGAGCCAUCUGGCUUCUUGCGGAAACCAUCAAUCACUGCUACGGGGUAAACCAGUCGCUUCAUAUAGAGGUGAUCGACAUGGUAGCCCUGAAACGGAGGAUUCGUCAGUGGGAAAUAGAAAAACCGGACAGCUUCCGGCCGUUGCAUUACUCGACCGCAGAUCCAAGAAUCGGGAGACCAUUUCCUGUGGUUUGGUUCACCAAGCCCCUUCAAGCUACGGCUGUACAGCACAUUUGCAUGGCGAAGGCUCUGGUCCUCCAGCACGAGAUGAGAGCCUUGUACUCGUCUCCGCGGGCACGGCAGGACAUGCGGACAAUUGAGGGUAAUAUUAUGCGGAGCCUAGACAUCCUCUUUGGCAUCGCGCUGUCGGUGGAUGAUGAAACGCCGUUGCGCAUCAUGGCCUGCCAUGCACUGUGUGCCUGUGGCUCUUGGAUCCGUGACCCACUGGCUCAGACAUGUCUGCUGGACCUGCUCCGACGAACGGAGGGUGAGAAUGGAUGGCCGUGGGCAUUCGUGGUUCAGAAGCUAAGCCAGGACUGGGGCUUGACGGCAAGAUAG